CUUUGAUUAUGUUAUGGAGAAACGAAGAUAAUGGCAAACAUUGAUGACGGGGGCGUGGAACUCGGUCAGAGGAGAGAUGACAACUUCAUGAUUUUGAUAAAAUGGUACACUGUGUAGUUGUGGAUACACAUUAUAAUGGGCUCGCGGAUAAGAGAGAAUGUGAAACAUGUAUUCCAGUGCUUUUGUGAAGUUGUUCGACCCCAAGCGGGAGGACAAGAUGCCUGGAUUAUACAGAAAUAUCCGGACAGUUAUAAAGAUGAAGAAGUUCUUAAGUCUGUACCAAAAUUUGCUUAUCCGUGUGAAUUUGAAAAAUUGUUAGAUUUAAUUGCCGAACUUACAUUAAAUGUAAGUAAUAAGGCAGAAGAUUUAUGGCAGUUGUUGGAAGCAGUUUAUUCAAGUCCAGUUCCUGAUAGAGGUUCUCUUCCUGUUGUGUACAAUGGCCAUGAGACAUUUGUGUGCUCGUGUCCCAGCCAGUUUGAACUGCCUAGUAUACCAGAUGAUCGCAACCUGACUGAAUAUUAUAAAUCAGUUGAUGUGUCCAAUAUGAUGAUAAUAUUUGCCUCAAUGUUACAUGAAAGAAGAGUUAUUUUCGUCUCUCAAAAAUUCACAAGGCUAAGUUCAUGUGUACAGGCAGCUAAUGCUUUACUUUAUCCUAUGCAUUGGCAACAUAUAUUUAUACCUGUUCUACCUCGGGUACUUUCUGAUUAUUUACUUGCCCCAAUGCCAUUCUUAAUUGGAGUUCCACAAUCUGUAUUUCAGCGUGUUCGGCGAAAUGAUUUGGGUGAUGUUGUAAUAUUUGAUGUUGAUAACAAUACUAUAGAAUCACCUUUUGAUGAUGUGCAGUCAUUACCUCCAGAAGUGGUUACCCACCUUAAACGUCAGCUUCGGAGUCGUUCUGGACUGCUGGGAGAUGGAGUGUCUAGGACGUUUCUGCGGGCAUUAGUAAUAUUAAUUGGAGGUUAUCGAGAUGCACUUCGUUUCCAGUUGGGUCAUAAAAUUACUUUUGACCAAGAAGCUUUUGUAGAAUCCAGACCGUCUUCUAUGCAACCAUUUAUGCGCAAGAUGUUACAACUGCAGAUUUUUCAACAGUUUAUUGAAGAACGCUUGGAUAUUCUAAAUUCUGGAUUGGGUUUUUCUGAUGAAUUUGAAAUGGAAGCUUUCAAUUAUUGUGGGAAAUCCAGUUCUCGUUUGAAACAACAAUAUAAAGAAUGGACACAUACAAUGCGUAAAGAGGGAAGUGCAUUUUUCAAAACUGUGAAAAAUAAGGCCAAUCCUGCUAUGAAGUCUGCAGUUAAAACUGUUAAAGAACGUGGUAAAGAGGUGCGUACUGCAUACAAAGGCAUCCGAUCCAAAUUUCGUGAUUCUCAACCAUCAAAUGAUGAUUUUAUUUCUCAUGUGUCAGCUGGAAGAAAUGAAACUCCCAGUAGUCCAACACAUAUUGAACCUCUGCCACCUCAUUUUCCAACUUCAGGGGUAAAUGAAAAACCAAGUCCAAGUCAUAAAGUAUCACAGAGUGCAUUUUCUGAGUCACUGCUAGAACCCUCUCCUCUCGAGUUGGAUCUAAUGGGUGACUUACAAGACUUACUUGGAUUGCCUACAUCAACUACACCUCAAUUCCCUCAAAAUGUCCCUCCUGCAGUUGACAGAAGUCUGAAACCCAAAACAUCUUUAACUCCACUCUUGUCACCUCCACCUCCUCCUGGUAGCAGAGGCCGAGGCAGUAGAUCAGUGGGAUCUUCCCCAUGUCGUAUUGUACCGAAGCCUGAACAGACUGAUCUUAUUGAAUUGGAUUCAACACCAAGUGAUGAAGAAGAAGAGGAAGUUGAGUUUGAUCCUCUUGCAGCCAAAGAUAAACGAACAAUCCCACCACCUGAACUUGCUGGAGGCUUUGCAAAUCCAUUGUACCCUUAUUUCACAUCUUCGCAAGGAGGGUCUGAUAAUGCAAAAGCAAGUUCAAGCAAUCUAGAUGCUGAUUUCUUGUUGCGUGAAUACGGCCUGGACUUCAGUAAAUUAAGUGUUUACAAUGGCUCUUCUCAGAAUUCAUCUCCUGCCUCUACUUCGCCACAACGAAUUGUUCAAAGUCAAGGACCACAAAUAUCGAUUUCGAAGGAUCCUUUUCAAGAAAUUCUCCCUGCUAGAGUUCAGAUGUGCUCACAGUCAGACGUGCCACCGCCAAGGCAGAGUUCUCCUGCAAAUUGGACACAAUUUCACUAGCACUAAAAUGCCACAGUUUAAUCAACUUUAAAGCAAGACUGAUUUUAUCUUGUUAGAGAAGAGAAGAUAUUAGUGUUCUUUAAUAGAAAUUUACUAAAUAUCUUGCAACAUGAAUGUAAAAACAUUUUAUAAAUUAAUUUUGUUUGCUCUUCACUUACCAAAUGACAAUUUUUAAAGGCCUGUUAGAGAGGAUAAGUAGACAAAGACAGUUGUUAGUGUAAAUGAAUUUGCAGCGUUGGUAAUUUAUUCAUAUGCUAUUUGUACAUGCUGGCAUGUACUCUUAGUCUUUUAUACAUGUGCUCUAGCAUGUUAAAUUUUCUUUAAUGAAGUUUAAAUAGGUGCUCAUUUUCAACUUGUUCCUGAAUGUUUCAGUUGUUUGUUGGAAAAGAAUGUUCUUUUUGCGACCAAGAAUGAAUGUAUUGCAUGACACAAUAUUGUUUCAUGUAUUUGUUUGAUAUUACACUGUACAAAAUAAUAUUUCAUUUAUCGAAGUAUAUGGGCGCAAAAUGCAAUGAUUAUUUUAAUGUAUGCAUGUUAUCAGGAGAAUGAUAUUGUUUGUAUAGGCUGCCACAUGUUAAUCUUCAAAUUAUUGUUUUAUAAAUUAUAUGUUUUUUGUGUGUAUGUAUUUAGAUAAUUGGUUAUAACAUGUUAAAUAAGAGAAGUUGAGUUUCUUUAAAUUUUUUUUAAAGAAUUAUUUUUCUUUCUGAAUAUAAGAGAGACUAGAAGUGACUUGAAGGGACCAACAUUGUACAACAUUUGAAUUUCAAAAAAUUCAAGAAUUGGAAAUUAGUAUAUUAUGAAUUCAAUCUUUUGUUUAAUAAAAAAAGAACAAUUAUUAUUUUGAAGUUUAAUGAAAAUAUUUAUUUACAGUUAUAGUAGUGACGGUUACAAAAACCAUGAUACACACCCACAACUAUGUAUUAUAUAUAGGUGAUAUCGAAAGGUAUCCAAACAGAGGUGCUAGGGUAAUAGCAAUAAUUUCUGUCCCUUUGGUUUAACUUGGAUUACGAUGAAAGUGAAUAUGCAGAAAAUAUCUGUUUCAUCAGAUUCAUUAUUGAAUUUUAAAAUCAUAAAUAUUUAUUCACAUUUUAUUUUCUUCUUGUUCAUAACAUAGUUUAUUCUGUUUAUUUUCACAAAAAUUAAUUUAUUCUGAGGUCAUUCUUCUUAAUCUUCAUGAAUACUAAUGGCCUGAGUGAGAAAUUGAGAAACACAUAAUUGGAUAUGAACACAGCUACUGAAUCAUAGUUCUUUUACACUUUGAUGUAUUAAAAGUGUGAAAAUGAAUUUCUGUGCUCAGCACCACAAUAAUGUCAGAACUUUAACUCCUGUACAUAAUGUGAGUCUUAAAGUGUUUUCCUUUGCUUAUAAUGUUAAAAUAUUUGCAAUUUUUUAAAUACAGUCAUGGUUUUAUAAAUGAAGUGUUUAUGUGUGAGAAAUGCAAUGUUUGGUCGAAGUCAAAUGCCUUUAUUUGUAAUUUUUGAUGGAUUAUUCAUAUGAAAAUAUUUUUAAACAGAUUUCUUUUCUUGAUUUUAUUUCUGAAUGUAAAUAAUUUUAUGAACUACAAAUUGAAAUUUGUUUUUUAUACAAUUUUAUUACUGAAUUUGUCAUGAACAUUUACUGUUGUUAAGAAUUUCACUGUGAAUUAACAAUACUCUUCAAAAAAAUCAAAGUCAGAGAAUGUCCAAAUCUCUUGCUCAUUAGUAAAAUUUGUUUAUCAAAUAGUACUUACUUCAUUUAGUAAUUUCUGCAACAGCACUGUGAAUUAAAAGUGCACCCUUUCAUGAAAAUAAAAGUUCCUUGUUUUCUAAAAUAACUUGCCAAAGGCUUAUUUUUUCUUAACGUAAAAAUUGUAUGUUAAUUGUAUUACAUUUAUAUUAUAUACAUUGUUUUGUACAAACCAUUUUAUAAAGGACAUGAUUGUAAUAAUUUUUCUGAUAUUUCAUGUGGUAGCCUAGUGGGAAAUUAUAAAUGAGAAUAAUAAUUUUUAUUCUGUUGGGUGCUAGAAAUUUAGUAUUGUAUUGCUCAAAUGAUGAUCUAUUUAUUUGAAAAUAAUAUCAAUU